UUUUUGGUACAAGAAGGAAAUUUUGAACAAGCAGAAAAACCUGAAGCUGAUGGACAUUGUAUGGGCCACAGGCAGGGAUGGUGGGCUAUGACCCCAGAGCAGACGGCAGGAAUGUCUCCAAUCUCGAGGUGGCCGUGGCUGGGUCUGUGUCUGGACUUGUCACUCGGGUGCUGAUCAGCCCCUUGGAUGUCAUCAAGAUCCGUUUCCAGCUUCAGAUAGAGCGCCUUUCUCGCAGUGACCCCAACGCGAAAUACCACGGGAUCCUGCAGGCUGGGAGACAGAUUUUGCAAGAGGAGGGCCCAACAGCAUUCUGGAAAGGACACAUCCCAGCCCAGCUUCUCUCCAUAGGCUAUGGAGCUGUCCAAUUUUUGUCGUUUGAAGUGCUCACCGAGCUGGUGCACAGGGCCAGCGUGCGCGAUGCCCAAGACUUCUCCGUGCAUUUUGUGUGUGGCGGCCUGUCUGCCUGUGUGGCCACCCUCGCCGUACAUCCUGUGGACGUGCUACGCACCCGCUUUGCAGCGCAGGGUGAGCCCAGGGUCUAUAAAACCCUGCGAAACGCCGUGGUGAUCAUGUACAGGACCGAAGGCCCCUUGGUCUUCUACAAAGGCUUGAACCCCACCCUGAUCGCCAUCUUCCCCUACGCCGGCUUCCAGUUCUCCUUCUACAGCUCCUUGAAGCACGUGUAUGAGUGGGCCGCGCCAGCCGAAGGAAAGAAAAACGGGAACGUCAAAAACCUGCUUUGUGGCAGUGGAGCUGGAGUCAUCAGCAAGACCCUCACGUAUCCCUUGGACCUCUUCAAGAAGCGGCUGCAGGUUGGAGGGUUUGAGCAGGCCCGAGCCUCCUUUGGUCAGGUGCGAAGCUACAAGGGCCUCCUGGAUUGCGCCAGGCAGGUGCUGCGAGAGGAGGGUGCACAGGGCUGCUUCAAAGGCCUGGCCCCCAGCCUGCUGAAGGCUGCCCUCUCCACCGGCUUUGUGUUCUUCUGGUACGAGCUCUUCUGUAACCUUUUCCACCACAUGAAGAAGGCAGACAGCUAGCCUCGAGGGCAGGAAGGGUGGCCUGAGGUCCUUCCCUGGAGGGGCCCUCGUGAAGAACGCUUGAUCUACCAUCCCGUGUUGCACUGAGAGGUGUUGCCCGGCCCCUCCCGCCAGGCCAGCUGUCCUGGGCACGAAGAGCCGUCGGCAGCAGCCUGGAUUCCACCAGAAGGGCAAAGGGGG